AAUUAUUUAUACAAUACAAGAAAUUUGAAGAUGACGGGGAACAACGACAAAUACUAUAAGAUCCUGGGAGUGUCUAAGAACGCUUCGCAGGACGAUGUGAAAAAGGCUUACAAGAAAGCCGCCAUCAAGACCCACCCUGAUAAGGGCGGCGAUCCCGAAAAGUUCAAAGAGUUAGGCCAAGCGUACGAGGUUCUGAGUGAUCCAAAGAAACGUGAAAUCUAUGACCAGUUUGGAGAGGAGGGCCUCAUGAAUGAAGGACCUGGCGGGCAUCCUCAUCAACAGGACCCUUUUGAUAUUUUCGCUCACUUCUUUAAUCGCGGCCCGAGGGAGACAAGGGAGAGAAGGGGGAAGGAUGUGGCCUAUCCCCUCAAGGUUUCUCUUGAAGAUCUCUACAAUGGCACAACCAGGAACCUUGCUGUCUCACGCAACAGGAUCUGCACCAAGUGCAAGGGCAAAGGGUCAAAGGCAGGUGCUUCAUCGACAACCUGCGGUGGUUGCCAAGGGAGUGGUAGGAAAGUUACUACACGCCGAUUGGGCCCGAGUAUGGUGCAGCAAAUGCAGGAGUGUUGCAAUGAGUGCAACGGCGCUGGGCGCACCCUUAGAGCCCAGGACCGCUGCCAGCAGUGCAAGGGUGAGAAAGUUGUGGCGGAGAAGAAAUCAUUGGAAGUUAAUGUCGAGAAGGGGAUGCGAAGCGGGCAGAAGAUCACAUUCCGCGGUGAGGCAGACGAAGCGCCUGGCACCAUCACAGGAGAUAUUGUCAUUGUUGUCCAACAGAAGGAGCACCCCAAGUUUAAGAGAGAGGGGGAUGACCUAAUAUUUGAGCAUACCUUGUCCCUAAAGGAGGCACUCUGUGGGUUCCAAUUUAAGUUGAAGCAUUUGGACGGCAGGCAGCUUCUGAUUAAGUCUGAACCAGGACAAGUUGUCAAGCCUGAUCAGCACAAGGCUAUAAAUGAUGAAGGCAUGCCGAUCUACUCGAAUGGAUUUACGAAGGGUAAGUUGUAUGUCCACUUCAUUGUUGAGUUCCCAAAUUCCCUGAACCCAGAGCUGUGCAAAGGACUAGAGGCUGUGCUUCCUAGCGGGUCUGGUUCGUCGCAGCUUAGUGAUAAGGAACUAGAUGACUGCGAGGAGACUACGCUGCAUGAUGUGAACAUGGAGGAUGAAAUGCGAAGAAAGAAAGCAAAGAAGUCUCAACAGGCAUAUGAGGAAGAAGAUAAGGAACAUGAACAUGUGCAUGGUGGUGUGCCCCAAUGCGCUCAACAAUGA